UUAUCCUCGCAUGUGUUUCUCGUGUAUUUAUAUGAUCCAAUGUCCAUAUUCAGAGAGGUGAAGAAAGUCUUCGUAAAAUAUUCUAAAACAGGUGUCAUGCAAAAGCUAAAGAAAGAAAGAAAAAAAAAAAACAGAGAGAGAGAGAGAGAAGUAGAUCGAAGUCCCUGAAAAGGCUUUGCUCCCCCCCCCACUGUUAGGUACGAUCAACAUGCGAUCUUAGAGACAGCCUCUUGGAAAAGAAGAAGAAGAUCCACCAUCGUCACUGCUACGCCAUCAGUCAUGUCUUCCAUGCUCCACACAGUCUCUCUUUCGUGGGUGGGUGCCUCCCUUCUCGCCGCCACCCUCUCCUUGUUCUUAUUCUUGCGCUGGACUGCGGCCAAGAAACCCGGCCAACUUCCGACCCCGCCAAGGCUUCCGAUCAUCGGCAACCUGCACCUGCUCGGCUCCCUCGCUCACCACUCACUGGCAAGGCUGUCCGAGAAGUAUGGCCCUGUGAUGCUCCUCCACUUCGGCCGCGUCCCUACGGUCGUCGUCUCCUCGGUGGCGGGUGCGCAGGAGGCCCUGAAGACCCGAGAUCUGGCCUUCUCCGGCCGCCCACUCUCGAGCCUGAGCGACAGGCUCUUCUACGGCUCCCAGGACCUUGCCUUUGCCCAGUACGGCGGUAAGUGGCGGCAGAUGAGGCGCGUUUGCGUCCUCCACUUGCUCAGCCCCAAACAGGUGCGCUCCUUUCGCUCGGUAAGGGAAGAGGAGGUGGCCCGUCUGGUUGACUGCAUCCGCGCCGCUUCCGGUGCGGCGGUGAACAUGAGCGCCAUGAUCAUCGCCCUCACGUGCGACAUACUUUGCAAGGUGGCGUUCGGGAGCAAGUACACCGAGGAGGGUGGAAGCCAAAUCCACUCCUUGAUGUCGGAGCUAUCUGCAGUGAUGGGGAUGUUCCCACUGCGGGAUCACAUCCCAUGGUUGGGGUGGAUCGAUUGGUUGAAUGGAAUGGAUGGAAGGGUGAAAAAGAUCGCCAUGACAAUUGAUUCUUUCAUCGAGAAAGUCUUAGAGCAGCAUACGAGUCAGAGAGGCGGCAAUAAUAAUGAUAAAGAGGACAGCAGCAUGGACGAUUUGGUUGAUAUAUUGAUCUCCCUGGACGAUAAAGAGGACCUUGAUGUCAUGUCACUCGGCAGGGACAGUAUCAAGGCCAUUAUUUUGGAUAUGUUUGCCGCGGGGACGGAGACAACGUACGUGGCGAUGGAGUGGGCGAUGGCGGAGCUCAUGAAGCACCCGGCAGAGAUGAAGAGAGCGCAAGAGGAGGUCAGAAGGGUUGUCGGUCCGAGAGGAAACCUGGGAGAGGAGGCAGCGAAAGAGAUGCAGUACCUAAAGGCAGUGAUCAAGGAGACUCUCAGGUUGCACCCUCCGUUUCCUAUACUGUUUCCGAGGCAGACGGUGGAAGACACCCAGCUGCUGGGUUAUCACGUCCCACAAGGUACCACCUUGUUCAUCAAUGCAUGGGCACUCGGAAGGGAUGUUGGGACAUGGGAGAAGCCCGAGGAGUUCCGACCGGAAAGGUUCAUCGACGACGUCGUCGAUUUCAAAGGGCAGGACUUCCAGCUUAUACCGUUCGGAGCAGGCCGCAGAGGCUGUCCUGGAAUAGAUUUUGCAGUCGCCACCAUGGAACUCGCUCUUGCGAGUCUGCUGUACCACUUCGACUGGGAGUUGCCGGAAGGAAUGAGAGUGGAGGAGAUGGACAUGAGCGAGUCAUCCGGAAUCACAGUGCGGAAGAAAUCCAGCUUAAUUAUCGUGGGGAAGACGGUAAGCCAGUAAGUCGUUAUCAACAUCGUUCCUGUUCAGCUGUCCAUCAUUGUGCACGGGUUAUGGUAAUGUUGUUGUUCCAUUAGUCGUAAACUAUCUCCACGACAGAGACGAUGAAGCCGACGGGCUCACAGGAAGCUGUCUGUGGUCUUCUGUGCGAUGGUGUUUCCCAUCUCCUGGGUGUCGGUCUCCAUCUUCGGCAAAAUACUCCGAAGAACCUACUAUGUCUUAUGCUAUUUUAUAUACAGUAAAAAAUGUUGAGAAGACAAACACAGCGUGAGAUGGCAAGGUUUGUCCGGUAUGAUAUGCACAUCAUAUACAUCAUCCAAUACACUCGGUACAGGACCUAUACCAGACGUUUCUCUUUAUUUUUCAUAUUUUAAAGAUUUUUUAGAACUCAGUACAUAUUAAUGCAUUGACAUUGGGCAGCGAUCAGUA